GAUGCGGUGACUGCGCCAGGGGGCAGUGGCUGAUGACGUGUUUUAUAGGAGGCCUAAAGCGAAAGUGCCGGCAGCUGUGGAAGGCAAAGUUCAAUCCCAGUGUCCGCCCCCUGAACUGGGGCCUUUCCGAAGGAGGAAGCUCUGAAACACAGGGGCCCAGUGCAGUUCUGCAGGGAAGUGUCGCUUGUGUUCAGCUGUUCUACACAAUGGACUCAGUGCAGGCCUCUGUAUCUUCUAUCCUGGGGGACCGGGACCUUCUGGGUUCCCUGUUGGUGCUCUCCACAGCCUUCAUAGCCAAGCUGCUGGAGCUAGUUUCUACAUUGCCUGAUGAUGUUCAGCCUGGGCCUGAUUUUUAUGGACUGCCAUGGAAACCUGUACGUAUCACUGCCUUCUUGGGAAUUGCUUCAGUUGCUGUUUUCUUCUGGAGAACUAUCCUUGUUGUAAAGCGUAGAGUAUAUCAAGUCACUGAACAGCAGAUUAUGAAGAUUAUUAUGAAAGAUAAUACAGAACUUGUACAGAAAUUGUCAAAUUAUGAACAGAGGAUCAAGGAAUCAAAGAAACAUGUUCAAGAAACCAGGAAACAAAAUAUGAUUCUCUGUGAUGAAGCAAUUCAAUUUAAGGAUAAAAUCAAGACACUUGAAAAAAAUAAUGAAAUUCUGGGAGACACAGCUAAAAAUCUUCGUGUUAUGUUAGAAUCUGAGAGAGAACAGAAUGUCAAGAAUCAGGAUUUGAUAUCAGAAAACAAGAAAUCUAUAGAGAAGUUAAAAGAUGAUAUUUCCAUGAAUGCUUCAGAAUUUUCAGAGGUUCAAAUUGCACUUAAUGAAGCUAAACUUAGUGAAGAGAAAGUGAAGCCUGAAUGCUAUCGGGUUCAAGAAGAAAAUGCUAGGCUUAAGAAGAAAAAAGAGCAGUUGCAGCAGGAAAUUGAAGACUGGAGUAAAUUGUAUGCCCAGCUCAGUGAGCAAAUCAAAUCAUUUGAGAAGUCUCAGAAAGAUUUGGAAGUAGCUCUUAUGCACAAGGACGACAAUAUUAAUGCUUUGACUAACUGCAUUACGCAGUUGAAUCGAUUAGAGUGUGAAUCUGAAUUUGAGGGUCAAAAUAAAAGAGGAAAUGAUUCAGAUGAAUUAGCAAAUGGAGAAGUGGCAGGUGACCGGAAUGAGAAGAUGAAAAAUCAAAUUAAGCAGAUGAUGGAUGUCUCUCAGACACAGACUGCAAUAUCGGUAGUUGAAGAGGAUCUAAAUAGUUUACAACUUAAACUAAGAGCCUCCAUGUCCACUAAAUGUAACCUGGAAGACCAGAUAAAGAAAUUCGAAGAUGACUGCAACUCACUGCAAUCUGCCAAAGAUGGACCGGAAGAUGAGUGUAGAACCCUGAGGCAGAAAGUGGAGAUUCUGAAUGAACUGUAUCAGCAGAAGGAGAUGGCUUUGCAAAAGAAAUUAAGUCAAGAAGAGUAUGAGCGACAAGAAAGAGAGCAGAGGCUAUCAGCUGCUGAUGAAAAGGCAGUUUCGGCUGCAGAGGAAGUAAAAACUUACAAGCAGAGAAUAGAAGAAAUGGAGGAUGAAUUACAGAAAACAGAGAGGUUAUUUAAAAACCAGAUUGCUACCCAUGAGAAGAAAGCUCAUGAAAACUGGCUCAAAGCUCGUGCUGCAGAAAGAGCUAUAGCUGAAGAGAAAAUGGAAGCUACAAACUUGAGACACAAAUUAUUAGAAUUAACACAAAAGAUGGCAAUGCUGCAAGAAGAACCUGUGAUUGUAAAACCAAUGCUGGGAAGACGAAAUACACAAAACCCUCCCCAGAGAGGAUCUGUGGACGGGCCUCUGUCUCAUCCUCAAUGGUCAGCUGAGGCAUCUGGGAAACCCUCUCCUUCUAAUCCAGGGUCUGGUACAGCUGCCAUGAUGAACAACAGCUCAAGAGGCUCUUCCCUUACCAGGGUGAUGGAUGAAGGCAAGCAAACUGUUCUCCAAGAGCCUGAAGUCCCCUCAGUUCCCAGCAAUACAUCUUCAGCUGAGCAUCCAGUAGCAGUUAAUAUGACUCCAAAAGGGCCCCCUCCUUUCCCAGGAGUCCCUCUUAUGAGCACCCCCCUGGGAGGCCCUGUGCCACCACCCGUUCGAUAUGGACCACCACCUCAGCUCUGUGGACCUUUCGGGCCUCGGCCAAUUCCUUCACCCUUUGGCCCUGGUAUGCAUCCACCACUAGGCUUAAGAGAAUUUGCACCAGGAAAGCGGGACCUGACACUCCACCCUCGGGAAUUUUUACCAGGAUAUGCACCAUUUAGACCUUUAGGUCCUCUUGGCCCAAGAGAGUACUUUAUUCCUUGUACCCAAUUACCACCCCCAACCCACGUCCCCCAGGAUUACCCACCACCACCUGCCACAAGAGACUUACUGCCGCCAGGCUCUAGAGAUGAGCCUCCUUCUGCCUCUCAGAGCACUAGUCAGGACUGUUCACCAGCUUUAAAGCAGAGCCCAUAACUAUGACCUCUGAUGUUUCAUUGUAGAAAAAAUGGACCAUGCGUUAUUCAUUAAAGGAUUUCAUUGGCUUCAAAAUCCAAGUUUAUUUUAAAAGAUCUGUUGUUAGAACUAACCUUCCUUGGCAGUAUGCAUUUUUGAGCCAAACAAUUCAGAAAUGUCAUUUCUUCCCUAAAUAAAAAUCACCUUUUAAGCUAUAGCAUCCUUACUACUUUGAAUUGUGCAAUAAAGAAUACUUGUGUUUUUGCUAA